UUAAAAUAAUACCAUUAUCAUAUCGUAGAUUAUUGACGAUGGUUUUGCAGGAGGGCGUGAAGAGAUGGUUGGUGGACAUAUCGGAGUGGGAACCCUCUCCCCAAGACUUUUCCGCCGCUUUAUCUUCUCUUCCUCAACUUGACCACCAUUCCAUCACCAGAUUUGUCAAAUUGGAAGAUCGGAAAAGGGCACUUGUGAGCAGGCUGCUUCAGUAUUCCCUUGUGCAUCAAGUGCUGGGAAUACCAUUUCAGGACAUUCUCAUUAAACGCACUUUUGAAGGCAAACCCUACUUGGAAGGUAGUGAUUAUAGUAAAACCCUAGACUUUCCCAAUUUCAACUUCAAUGUGUCUCAUCACGGCGAUUACGUGGCCAUUGCAUCAGAACCAAUUUCCCUUAUCGGUGUUGAUAUUGUCGCUCCUUCCACUCCAAUUGGGAACAAGGAAACGGUACCAGAAUUCAUUAGUAGCUUCACUUCGUACUUCUCAACCCUAGAAUGGUCCAACAUAGUUAAUGCAGCAAACCAUGAUCAAAUGUUAACCAAUUUCUACAGAUACUGGUGUCUGAAAGAAUCUUAUGUGAAGGCAAUUGGGAAAGGUGUGGGAGAAAGAUUGGACAAGGUGGAGUUUCAUCACAUCGGUUGGAACAACAUAUAUGUUAAGAUCGAUGGAACCAUAUUGAGUGACUGGAAAUUUUGGCUUUCUCAACUGCAGAAGAAUCACUUGAUAGCCAUCGCAAGAGGUAAUCCAAAUGCAGCAACGGAUAGCUACAAGAGAACAUUCAAGAAGAUGCAAUUUGACCAAGAAGAGUGCAGAUGUGGUCUACUUCUUCCCAAUACAAGCUUUGAGCUACUGAAGGUGGAACAAUUAAUACUCCAGAAUCCCAAUGAUGCUGGGAAGAAGAUGUAGAAGACUGUAAUAGACUAUUCAUGAGGAUAGGCAAGCAUUGGAUGUUUGUAGAAUGGGCUUCAAGGGCUGAUAUCAUCGCAGAAGAUGUUUGUAGUCAGUUUUUUUGUGUGCUUGGCUACUUACUUAUCCAUGUUGGAUUUUUGAAAAAGUAUCAUCAAUAUAUAAAUAUAUAAAUGUCAGUUGAUAUUACACAAUCUGGAAGACAGAACUUGGUUUACUAAUGAAAUUCAUAUUUCAUAAGCUUGAGUGAGCUAUCAUUUUCAAAACAAUCAAAUAGAUUUAAAGA